AUAUAUUGGCGAGAGAGAGAGGGAAAGUAAACGGGAAAAGACAAACUAAACAUUUCAAGGAGACAGCUGAAGGCCAUUUCUGAUUCAUGUUCUUCGGAGCUUUCUAAACUGGUGGCUUUUAUAUUGGUUUUGGAUUUGCAGAACUUUUGGAUACUUUUAGGCCAUCUGUUUUCCUCUUCUUGGUUGGAUGCUGCUGUGGAAGUUCAUCAAAGAGUGCGCAAGGAGAUUGAAUUAAGCAUGAUUUGGAUUCCUUGUUCUGGAAAUUCAAAUAGGAAAGUCAGGUCCAAGAAAUUAAAGAAGUUGGAAUCUCAGAAGAGUCGAGUUGAUCCAAUCAAAGCUGCUUCAGGGAAACUAAAGACAAGUUCCUCCUUCAGUGAAGCCUCGAAUGGUGGAGGAUCUGAUCCUAUCAAGGCACAGAUAUUUUCAUUCCGGGAGUUGGCAGCUGCUACCAGGAAUUUUAGGGCAGACUGUCUUUUGGGCGAGGGAGGUUUUGGUCGAGUUUACAAAGGAAAUUUGGAAAGCAUCAAUCAGGUUGUGGCAAUCAAACAACUUGACCGCAAUGGGUUGCAAGGGAACAGAGAAUUUCUCGUUGAAGUGUUGAUGUUAAGCCUACUUCAUCACCCAAAUCUAGUUAAUCUGAUUGGUUAUUGUGCUGAUGGAGAUCAAAGGCUUCUUAUAUAUGAAUAUAUGCGUCUAGGAGCUUUAGAUGAUCAUUUACAUGACAUUUCACCUGGUACAAAAGUACUAGAUUGGAAUACAAGAAUGAAAAUAGCAACUGGGGCAGCACGAGGAUUGGAAUAUUUGCACGACAAAGCGAGCCCGCCAGUUAUUUAUCGAGAUUUAAAAAGUUCCAACAUUCUGCUUGAUAAAGGUUAUCAUCCCAAGCUGUCUGAUUUUGGAUUGGCCAAACUUGGGCCUGUUGGGGAUAAUACACAUGUAUCUACCAGAGUUAUGGGCACUUACGGAUAUUGUGCUCCUGAAUAUGCAAUGACUGGUCAGUUAACUCUCAAGUCAGAUGUUUAUAGCUUUGGUGUUGUCCUUCUAGAAAUCAUAACAGGCAGGAAAGCAAUUGAUGAUUCAAGAGCAGCAGGGGAGCAAAAUCUGGUUUCAUGGGCAAGACCGUUAUUUAAAGACCGUAUGAGAUUUGCGCAAAUGGCAGAUCCAAUGCUUAGAGGCCAAUACCCUUCAAGGGGUUUGUAUCAGGCUCUUGCAGUUGCAGCAAUGUGUGUUCAAGAGCAGCCAAAUAUGCGACCUGUGAUCGCCGAUGUUGUCACAGCUUUAUCUUAUCUAGCUUCCCAAAGAUACGACCCGGGUUCGAACAUACCCCACAGCUCUCCUGGAUCUGCCAGUACUCCUCCAAGAACCAACAGAGAUUCUGAUAGGAAGCUUAAUGGCGGUAGAAGAUACGACAGGAAUCCUACUAGACGACUAUAAUGAGGCUCAUCUUCGCUCCCUAACGUUUGUCAGCCAUACUGUUGGAUAUAUACUACGAGUACGAAAGGCGGUCGUUCAAAAGCUUGAUUGAAUGCACUUGAAGGUGCCUGAUCGACAAAAAUCAUCAAGUCAUGCGCAUUUCUAUGCUCCAUUUUGCGUUUGUUUAUAGAAUAUAGAUAGAGAGUAUAUAUGGUUUUUGUAAGAAAAAUGUGCAAGUUAAGGUGAUUGGUCAUAUAUAUGUAUUUUACCCUUUGAUUUUAGUUGGUUAUAGUUGAAAAAUGAACCGCAUUUUUCUAA